AUGAAAGUCAUAAUUAUUUUGUGCGUUGUGGUCAUUUCUUCCGCGCAUCAUUCGCAUGACCACGAAAAUGCGCAUGAUCACGGUCACGGUCACCAGGACCAUAACCACCACGGAGACGAUGAUGGGAUAGAUCAACAGCCAGUAGUUCGCACUCGUUCUGGCAAGUUUCUAGGCGGGUAUAACAUUACGAGGAAGGGACGUCGCUUCGAGACCUACCGAGGAAUCCGAUACGCAGAGCCACCUAUCGGGGAAUUACGUUUUCAGCCACCAAGAUUGAUUAAAAAAUACCUUGAUCCAGUCGACGCAAGUGAGGAUGGCCCGGCAUGUCCACUUCCUGCUGAUCCCAACUACCCGGUCGACGAAGAUUGUCUCACUGUCAACGUUUAUACACCUCUGAGGAGCGACAGAAAGAAAUUGCUUCCUGUCAUAUUCUUCAUCCACCCGGGCGGUUUCUACGCUUUUACUGGACGCAGUGACGUGGCUGGACCUCACUAUCUUCUUGAUAAGGAUGUCGUAUUGGUCACAAUCAACUAUCGGUUGGGAUCACUUGGUUUCCUAAGUACAGGCGACGAGUUGGCUCCGGGAAACAAUGGGUUCAAGGACAUGGUGGCAGCCCUAAAGUGGGUUCAACGUAACAUAAAACCGUUUGGUGGUGACCCUGAUCUAGUGACAGUAGCUGGGUGCAGUGCUGGCUCUAUAAGUGCCAUGCUUAUGAUGGUGUCACCAAUGUCUACAGGUCUUUUCAAACGUGCAAUUUCAAUGAGCGGUUCUCCUAUCGGGAAGGUUCCACUAGCGAGCGACCAGCGCUAUCUGGCGGUGAGACAAGCCGAGCUGUUUAAAUGUCCUACUGACAGUAAUAAAGCGAUGAUCGACUGUUUGAAGACUAAACCUUGGAGGCAGUUUGGCGACUCGCUAUAUGGCUUCUAUGAAUUUGGUUUCGACCCAGUGGGUAUAUGGACAGCUGUUAUGGAGCCAGAUUUUGGACAAGAACGAUUCUUGACGAUCCAGCCAGAUGUAGCUAUACGAGAAAAGAAAAUAUACGCCGUUCCCCAUCUCAUUAGUCAGACUCAAGAUGAAUUCUUUUGGAUGGCGUACACUGUACUUCGAAACGAUACUCUGCGGGAGCAGAUGAACAGAGAAUGGGAGAGAAUCGCCCCAAUCUCCUUCCUACUCCCUCGUGAAAACACCGCGGUGCCAACGCAACGACUUCGCAAAGAAUAUCUAGACGACAGGCCGUUGAAGAACGACGAGAGAAGUGGUCAUGAUUUAGGAAGACUUUACGUGGAUUCAGUUGAAAGUCUACCAGUAUACAGAAUGGCAAAACUGAUGACCCUGCACUCACCCCAACCAGUCUACGAGUACGAAUGGGGUUACAUCGGAAAUCACAGUCACUACGAAGACCCAGUUACCAAAAAACCUACAGGAGCUGCCCACCACGAUGAGUUGAUCUAUCUAUUUAGUCUACCGUAUCGUUUCCCUGCCAUCGGAACCGAGGGACAAGAUGCCAAGCUUGUAGAUCGAAUGACAGCCAUUUGGUACAACUUCGCUAGAUAUGGUGACCCAAACCCUAAAGGCGAUACACCAGAAUUGGGAGAUUUGAAAUGGCCAAAAAUGACACCAAACGACAAGACAUAUUUGCGAAUCGACAAUGGUUUCUCGUUGCGAAAAGAUCUGUUCGAAGACAAAGUGCGUGUAUGGGACGAGUUAUACCCUAUGCAGUAUUAA